AUGGAUCAGGAAAGGGAACAAUUUAAUAUGAUGAUAGAAGAUAAUAGAGACACAGAAUUAAAAGUAUUUUUUCUAUCAAAAUUAGUACACAGAUAUGCAAAUUUCAAACACAAAUGCCCACCAAGGAGAAAAGCGUUCCAGCUAAGCUUAAAUAUUUUUCACGACACUAAAACUAACGAUUACGUCCAAUUUUCUCCUUCCUCUGCUUCAAUUCUUGCAGAAAGAGAGGACGCUGAAUCUUUUAUUAUGGAGCCUUCAACAGCUACACACUCAUCAGGGCUUACUUCAAUUAGAAGUUUCACUUCUAUUGAAGAGCAAUGGCUAGGUCGGAAUAAAACUUGUAUUUUCUACUUACUCCUUUAUAUGGAGAUUUAAACAAUUUAUAUAAAAUUAUGCUAACCCCUGAAAAUUUUAGAUCAUAACUGACUAUCAAUUUUAAUUUUUAAAUUAAUUUGUGUCUGUUAGUUUUUUUAUGGUUUUAAAAAAUGGCUAAUCAAGCUUAGACUGAUAAGACAAGUGCCCUGGUCAUACUUUUUCUGGCUGGUAUUCUGCGUUCAUAAAUUAUAUAAUUUUUUAGAUUUAAAAACCAAAAUUUAAUAGAGAUUCAUUAUUACAAUAUAUAUGAAAAUAUUUUUUAUAUAAAAAUUUGCUCUCAAACAAAAGAACGUUAAUUUCCUAAAAAUAUUUAAUAGUUUCCUUUCUUAGAAGGGAGAAGAAGUUAGAUACAAAUGAAGAAUAUGAAAUAAUCCGGCAGAAUUUCUUGCAUCUCUAUUUCACACACAAGCCCAACCAUGGGUCAAGAAUUUAUAAAAACAACCCUGAAGUGCAUAUAUCAAACAUAAUUCAGCACUUUUUAGACUGUUUUAUUACCACUCACAACCUAUUAAAUAUUUUAUUGGCCCCACUCAAAGGCAAAGAAUGGGUGGAUUUAAAAAGUUUUGUCCAAUCUCUUGAAGCUAUUCAGCAGACAGUCUUCGAUAAGUCUUCUUUUUUCUAUAAGGAACCAGGCAGUGAUUUUAAAAAGAAUAUGACAAUGCAAAAACUGCUCUGUAAUUUCUAAUUAGUUUUCUUCAAAAUGGUAGAAAUUUACCAUGAAGGAGAAUUGGGAAGAGCUCAGCUGCAAACAGUAAUGAGCAUGGCUUUGAAAAAAAAGAAAAAGGCAUCUGAGCAAUCUCGGCUUGUGGCAUGGACACUGGAAAAAGCAAAGAUUUUAUCUGGAAAAAGAAAAGAAUACGUUACAUUUGAGGAGUUUUAUAAAAUUCUUAAAAAUUAA